AUGGGCCAGGCCGCGGGCCCAUGCACGGUGCCCGGGCAGGCCGCGGCCGCGUCUUCCGGCGCCCCCGUGGAGCAGCCGCCCGCGGCGGCGGCGGACGGCCACGACGAGGUCGAGAAGCUGAAGGCUUUCCUUCGCGCCAAGUCGACCGCCGGCCAACUUGAGAAGGCCAAGAUGACGAUCCGUCAAGCAGCGAGGGCAGGGAGCUGCCGGCCGGAGCACGCCGAGCGCGCCCUCCGCGAGUUCGGGCGCGCUGGCGAGGGGCACGCUGCCGGCGGAGGGCCUGCCGCCGGCGCGGGCGCUGCGCCAGAGAUCAGCCCGCUGGCCGUGGGGGGGCGCCAGUGGCUGGUGCUGUCCGAGGCCGCGUGGCUGCAAGCGCCUCGGCCCGACAGCCCGCGCCUGGGCAGCUUCGCCCCUGGGCGCGUGCUGACGGAGCUGCAGGCGGACCGGGCGCCGUCCGAGUGGGUGCCCGUGCUGCCGCGCGGCUGGGUGCUGCGCCGGGCGCUGCGGCCCGCCGGCGAGGGCGAGGCUGCGGCUGCAGACCUCGGGCGGCAGCCCGCCGCGGUGCCGUCCCAGCCAAGGCCGGCUGCCGCCACGGCGCCGGUCCGCGGGCCGCAGGCUGGCGUGCCAGAGCACGGAGGCCCGCAGGAGGCGCGGGGCGCCAAGCGGCCGCUGGCGCACGAGGAGGGCGGCAGCGUUCCCAGGUCUACACGACCUCGUCACACCGGCAAGGGCUGCGACGAAGUCUACGUUCUAGACGCGCUCAACAUUCUGAGGCACAGGAACGACAUGCAGCCCUCGAGAGGCUCGGACCUGGACUGGCUGCAGCUUCGCUUGGCUGGCGGGUACUUCAAGGAGCGCGGCAAGCGGGUCUACGCAUUCCUGAGACGCUCGCAGGCUUGGGACCGGACGGGCCCCGGCUACCGAGGAUUGGUCCAGACCCUUGGCGAGGAGUGCGUGGUGCCAUGCCCAGCCGGAGCAGACGACGACAGCUUCAUGAUCACGUUCGUGCGGGACCUGGAGGGGGAGUCGAACGGGAAGGCACUCGGCGAGCGGCCAGGUUGCAGUGCAGUCCAGUCGCCUGUGUUGGCGUGGAUCGUGACAAACGACUUGUUCAGGGACCACCACCAAGUUGUAAACCGGCAGUGGGUGCAGCAACAUACGGUGAAGUACGCGUUUGCUGCUGGCAGGUUCGUCCCCGGCGCGCCCGGGGCAAGGUGGGCCUAG